CGCUACCGGCAUGGAGCGCUCCGCCACGGCAUCUGGCGGCCUCCGGCGCUUAGCAGGAUACCUCGUGUGGGAUGCGUAAGUGGUUGGGCUGUUUCACCAUCCCAUCACACCAAUACAAGCUUAAGGCGCCUACCAAGGGUCGUAUCGCUUAAGACUGCGCAGUCCUGCAUCUGUGCGCUCUCAUCUGAUCCUGCAUUUGCAAGGGGGUGACCCUCCCAAGCCUACUGUGCCGUACGAUGCCUGUGCCGCCGACAUGCUCGCCUAGUAGAUUCGGAUAUAUGAUGGUCAUGCUGCCUGUGUCCCAGGCCAUGGAGGGAGGCGCCCUAUCACCUGAUGACCGCAUUGCCGUUUCACAGCGUAAACCAGGACACAGGAGACCGAGUCGGCUUCAUAAUAGAAUGCUUCCGAACUUCUUUCCCAUUUGUCAUUCGAAACUUCUUUGUCACGUAUCUCCCAAAUGCAGGUCUGCUCAGCAAGGCCUUAAGCUGGGUCCUAAUCAAAAGCCAUCGCGUGCGCUUUACUCGCAACAUGCGAUCGCCACGACGAGUCAAACGACCAAAAGCGGGCAUUCCUGGAUCUGUCCACGGAUUGAGUCCGUAUGUCUACGAGACCCUGCCCAAUGAUCGCUACACGCGUUACUUCGAGCUCGCGCCUGGUCAGUGGAAUGAACCGAUCCGUGGCGUGUUGCGAAUGAUUCCAAUGGACGAGCUUGAGGACUACGAAGCAGUGUCAUACGUUUGGGGCGACCAGAAGUCACGGAUCAUAAUCGAUUGCAACGGCUCCAGCAUCAGUGUUGGCGUGAAUCUGGCGUUACUGCUCCGACGAAUGCGCCUGUUGGAAGGGACAAGACGGCUGUGGGUCGAUGCAUUGUGUAUUGAUCAGAGCAACAAGCACGAGCGUAGCGUACAAGUUCGGCAUAUGGGUUAUAUAUAUGAGCAUGCUUUACGGGGUGUCUUCUGGCUCGGUGAUGAAGAUGAGCAAACAGCUGAGGCUUUCAGCUUGCUUCAAGAACUUGCUCAGAUGGUACAGCUUGUUGAUGCAAGAACAGGGUAUUCGGAAGUGGCUCAUACACUAACAGCACAGGAAAUGCAACAGCGCCGGCUGCCGGACUUGAGGGACGAGCGCUGGAAUCCUUUCUGGAAGUUGCUGCUCGACCAGUGGUUCAUGCGGACAUGGAUACUGCAGGAGGCAUGCCUGACACCACACGCUAUCAUGCAGCGUGGCUCCUUUACAAUUGAAUGGACCAAAUUUGUUCGGCUUAUUGCAUACAUGGUUAGUAGCCAAGCUGUGAGAAACGACUUCGCUGCCUCGACGUUGGUACACUUUUGCCUCUGGGUCGAUUACGGACUGGACCUUCUCGAGACUUUGCAGUUGGCACGAGGAAGGUUUUGCACAGAACCACUCGACAGGGUGUUCUCCAUCCUCGGUCUGGCCAAGCAUCAACCUACGCAUCUCUCCUCAGGGUCCUUUGUCGACACCUCUGAAUUACAGACUGUCGACUAUGACGAGCCUACAUCGGAACUUUACCGUCGAGUGGCAAGAGUAUAUCUUUUGCAAGGUGACCUUCGACCUCUUGGUCUGGCCAGCAACAACGUGAUAGGCAACGUGAAAGGCUUGCCUAGCUGGGUGCCAGAUUGGACGGCUUGGAACUGGAACACGCCAAUCUACUACAGCCUUAAGCAUCUCGUACCCGAGGGAGAGCCUGUCCGUUUCGCCUUGGCCAACAGAACGCCUGUGUUGAGCCAAGACGGCAAGCAACUCACCGUUUACGGCGCGCUGCAUGAUCAGGUGGUUGCAGUAGGUCGACAUGUUCGACUGCGCGGUAUCAGUCCUCGAGAGUUUGGUCUGAUCUACCUCGAAUCAUGGCGAUGCUUAGCAUUUAAGCAUCUCAAUCUAGCCGUCGUCCGUACUUCAGACGUGGUUGAUGCUUUUGCGCGUUUACUUGUAUUCGAUCACUCUCUCACACGCUUUCAACGCUGGACGCACGCAGAAACCUACUUCCGCUACCUGGAUGCUGUUCGUAACACAAACCACAGGGUAGAUGGAAGGCAGGUCCUUUACUUCGAUGACAAUCAGCUCGACAUCCGGAACUUUGCGGUCUAUGUAAAAGGCUGCGUCACCUAUCGCACCUUCUUCAUUACAGCGAGCGGCUACCUAGGGUUGGGUCCAUUUACGGUUCGUGUUGGCGAUCAAAUAGCGCAAUUCGACGGCGGAUGGACGCCAUUUGUCCUGCGAUCGGUGGGAAAGGGCUGUCACGAGAUCGUUGGCGAGUCGUAUAUACAGGGCCUAAUGAAGGGUGAGAAAGACUUUACAGCCGUUAAUCAAGAGAUACAUCUUGUGUGAGACACGCCGGGAGAGUGCGGGUAGCAAGCAAUGCCGGACGUGUUUGAAGGUCCUCAUUCCAAGCUUUUCAUUAUUCUGCUACCUUCUAGCGUCUCGAACAAAUCGUGGCUGGAUCCGAGGAGUCUUACAACUGAAACCGAAUGAUGUGCCUGGGCUGGCAAAACAAGCAGGUCGUCUCACACCACAAAAGGCAAGUGAUGGUCUUGCAAUCGCUCCUGCCUACAACAAAGUCCAAGGUCACCACCUCCCUUCCGUCGAGACACGCUCUCUGCCCCCUUCGCGCUAAGCACCCAAGCCUACAUGUACUACGCUCGCCUGCCUGGCACGCCACUUCGUACGAGUUGUCACACCGCCACCUCUCCUGCACUUUCCACCACUCGGCUUUGAGUGCUUCUUGGUUGCAAGAGCCCUGCGCUGCCAG